CUUCAGUUCGCGCGGACCGCUGACGGAAAUUCGAAAUCCGAAUCGUAGGCACGAUUUUACGAGUGAAACGCGCGGCCCUCGAUCGGUCUCCCUGCAAAUCUUGGCCAAUUUUAUUGCCCGCCGAAUUUUCCCAAGUUUUAUUACUCCCAAGUGCACCGAACUCUGUCACCGAUUUUUGCCAGCCGCGAAAAACUUCCAGUUCAACGUCUUGCAGCAGCUAUUUCCGAACAUCGGACUGCCUGUGCGCGGCUGUUAAACUUCGCCGGAUGGUCGACUGCCUUCGUUAGUCAACUUCCAACUCCGAUUGGACCAAAGGGCUUCCGGUGACUGGAGAGUCGACGCAAAACCGCGCCCAUCUGCUUCAUCGUGGACGGCUCGAACCUCCCGACGAACCGACGACAUGACCCGGGAUUUCAGAGAGACGACAAAACGGCUGACGAUGACGUGACGAAAAUCGAAGUGGAACUGGAAGAGGCCCCGUUCGAAAUGGACGGCCGAGUUCCGCCGAUUAUCGUGGGCCCAAUGCCGGACCCAGACGCGAGCCCAACGCCAGAAGUGAACGCGACUUACCCUGGGGGUACAGUCGAGCCGGGAGGAGUCGUCGUGAGGGCUGAAGAAGCUCUUAUCGUCAUACUGGUGCUGGUGCUCUGGGUCGCAGCGAUCGCGCUCUUCUUCAACAGAUGGGGAAAGAUCCGAAUGCUGGAACCGUAUCAGCCCAAGUUCCAGCAGCAGCACAGACAGAGCUGUGCGAUGAUCGAUCCAAACCCAGUCCAGCACCGGGCGUGCUCGAAGUUCAACAUCCAUUGUCUGGAGCACCCGAUCGUCUACCCUACGGGUUGCGGAUCGAGCCUGUCGAGGCCGCGGCAAAACAGCGUCUUCGUGGGGUCCAGCAUGUCGCUUUUGCCACCGCAGAACGCGCCUCGACGUGCGAAGAGCGCCUUUGAUAUUCAGACCCUGGUGAUGGCGGAAGGCGGGCCGCAAAAUGUCGCGGGUGAAUUCGGCGAAGCGCCAAAACGCGCGGGGAGGGAAUCGGCAAAAAUUUUUUGCGAAUCUUUGAGGCUCCCGGACCUUCCGCGCUCCUCGAACUCCCUGCUCCAGCGGCAGCGCGGGAUGAGCAUCUGCCACUUCGAUCGCACCGACGUACUAGCGAGGCCUUUGAUGCGCGAGAGGGGGAUGAGCAUCUGCCAUUUUGACAGGGGUGAUAGUGUCGGGAAACCGGCUGCUGUGCAGCGCGAGAGGGGGAUGUCGAUAUGCCAAUUCGACAAGCAAAUGCCAUCGUGCAGCAAAACACCGGACUCUGUUCACGCCUACAGAGCGACGUGCGUUUAAUACACUUACUCUACAGAUGCAAUGUCAGUAUUGCACGACGGAAGUUAGUCGGAAGGAUUUCUGCAA